UAUGUUAAUAUUUGCGAUCAAUCUAUCAGUGAUGAAAGUGAUAAUUCUAUUAUGGAUAUUAAUGAUGUUUCACUAAAAAGUGAAGAGAUUUUUAAUUCUAUUGAAAUGAAUGAUGAAAGUUCAUAUGAAGAUCUCCCUCUGCCUGUUGAAGAAUUACUUUUAAGUGACGACCAUAGCA